GUUGUUUAUUCUACUUAUUUUUUUAAAUCCUUGGAAUAUGUCAGAUAUAAUGGAAUUAUCUGACGAUAUCCGUGAUAUAUUUUGUAAAUAUAAGGAGAAGCAAAAGGCAGACCUUUUCCGAACGCUUAAUGACGUAAAAUGUUGUGAAUGCGGUCAUCAAUCACGUAUGCGGAAUGUUCAAAAUAAAGUAUCCAUCUAUCGGAAAAUGACAAUUUUUUAUCAAUUGAUUUUGUCCAUUUUAAUCGUAUUGCUUUUGAUGGCCUUUUACGCAUUAUGGGCUGCCAGACGUUAUAACCAUGUACGGCUCUUUGGAACUGGCGCUUGUGCCUCCACGUUUUUGUGGACAUAUGACGACUGCACUGUGGCUCAUUAGAUUAUUGUUGCUUUACUGUAUAAAAAAAAAAAACAAAAAAAAAAGUAGUUCUAAAUUGCCAGAAUAUGAAAUGUGUUACAUUCCAUUGUGUAGUAAAAAACAGAAGUUCCUUGCCUGCGAAAAACCUUGUUCGUGAGUCCGAAUUCCAUCCGAAUAUAAUGAACAAAAAAUUAAAAAAAAAAAAUAAAUUUUUUUAUUUACAUCUUCAUUCGA